CUGCGGCUGCCCCCGCUUCCUGAACCUUGCCCUCGGACCCCGGUCAUGCGGAGGAGACUCUGGGCCGAGGAAACGCCCCUGGCCGCGGCCGGGAUGGCCCCCGACCCUCGCACACCGCCCCCGCCGCCAGCCCUGGGGGACUGGGACUACCUUGCCAACUGCUUCGCCCAUGACCAAGUGUGCCUCUCCUUUGGCCUGUGGCUGCUGGCUUCCCUGCUCUGGAUCGCCGCCCACGUCUUGUGUUUCUAUUUGGGCUGCUGCAAGAAAUCCAACCGGGACCGGUCUGUGCUGUGUGUGAUUUACCGCUUCGUGGGCAGCCUGAGCGACGCCUUGGGGGCCCUGCUCUCCCGGCAGCUCCCCAUCCAGGUUUUCACUGGCGUCUACCUGGCAGCCAUUGAGGUGGUCAGCCUCAUGCUGCUUCUCUUCCCCAUCUGUGGCUCCAAGAUCAAGCCCAAGCUAGGCCGCUGCUCCCAUCAGAGGACAAGGAGGAAGCUCGGGGCCAGCUUGUUUGUCCUCAUUGUGCCGCUGGGGGUGGGCACUGGCUGGCUUGCCUUGGCUCCUCCGGCUCCAGCUCCCAUGGAAUUCCGUGGAGCUCAGAGAAGACUUCUGGGAAGUGUGCUGCAGGAAAAUACGGAAGCCCUUGGCUACAUGCUGGGGGGGAUCGGACUGAUUGUUUCUUGGACUUCCCGGAUCCCUUCAUUCUCUAAAAUAUACCAAGGGAAAGCAUUCCCAUGUCUCCACCUGUGGGCCAGGGGCUUCUCGGCCCUGGCGGGUUUCCUGUACACCUCUGCCAUCGUGGCUCAUGAUCGGCAGCCGGAAUACUUGCUACGUGCCGUUCCCUGGUUCCUCAUCUCCCUGGGCGCCUCCACACUUGACCUUGCUCUGAUUUUCCUCUCCUGUGUGAUGCAAAGCAAAAUGAGGCGAGUGCUGGGCUUGUCCGUUGAGGCCACGGAGCCCCCUGACAUGCAGGCCCUCCUGACAUUCACCGAAAGGGAAGAAGACGACAGGCAGGAAGACAUGGAGGAGGACAAGAACUCCAACUGGGUCCCACUCCACAUGCUCCCCCACACCAAGUAUCUGCAGAAGAUGGCGGCCAUUGGCCGGUACAUGGAGCUGACCAUUGAACACGUACAGGAGGUGGGCUGCAGCAGCACAAGGUUACCGGGGGACGGCCAGACAAGUGGCAGGAAUCCCUUUCUCCAAGCCCCUGCAUCCCUGCUGGAGCCGCCCACCUACCCCCCCCUCCAGGUCAUCCACGCCAAGGUGUCCUCGACUAGUUCCUCGGAAGUGUCUUCUAUCAACUCUGAGCUGGAGCAGAAGUAUUGGGAGGCCCUGAACUCGGAGCAGUGGGACACUGAGGACAUGAAUCUUCUGUGGAACAAAGGCAGCGUGGAGACACCCAGGGCGCCAGCCCAGGAGGGUCCAGCCCACCUCGCAGCUGACGCUCAGUGAAGCCCUGGGGCCAGCCCUACUGCUGGGAGGUGCCCUCUGUGGGGGCUUGCACACACUGGCUAGAAAUGACCUUCACCAGACCUCACAAUGCCCUGAGACUGCCAGUCUUCUGAGAGCUUUAAGAAGCCAGCAGAGGGCAGGAACAACUGAGGUAAAGACCUCCUGAUAGAGAGAGAACUUGCUGAGGUGUCAGCACACAGAUGGGAACCAAGCAUGGGCCAUGUGGUGGCUGACCAAGACUGUCCUCUCUCUACAAAGAAAGUGAGUACAGAGGCUGGCGUCCUGAAGGGGCUGGGCCCCUUCUCAGGGCUCGGGUCUUCUUUUGUUCCUUCAUUCAAACUGACUGUAAUGAAUGACCAUGUCAUGAGCUAAGAGACAGUCUGAACUGAAUACGGUGAGGUGAGGACCUUCAACCCAAGAGGACUGCCAGGCAGAGAAGACUCAAGGAGGUCACAGUCUAAUGGAGGCACAGAGAUGUUUGUGCCCAGUCUAGGUCAUUUCAUCGCGAUUGUCGCAGAGAGACGUGAGCCUGUCUCCUCACAAGGGCCUGAGGCUGCCCUGAGACUGCCCCGGAUGGAGGCAAUAGCUGGGAGUUCCAGGAGCUAACCACCCUCCCUCCAUCGGCCGGCCCCCAAGCUAAGGAAGGGCAGUGCCCACGGGCGGGAGGGUGUGCUUUUCUGUUUUUUACCUGAUGUAAUUUGAAGCAUGUUUGAAAUGCCAGCUAGGGGUGGAAGGGGCCGGGAGUGGUGCCCAAAGGCUUCUUUCAACUAAGCACAAAGGUAGGCCUUCCUGGUUUUCUCUGGAAGGCCACCGAGUCUCACAGCUGUUUGGGGGUGCCAGCAUCCACCUGAACUGCAGUCUGCCUCACACUGGGCUGAACCCGAGGGGCUCAAGUGCUCAAUGCCAAUAAAGGGGGCUUCUUAGUAACUUCUGCUCGUGUGCAGUGACUGCCGUGUGGACAAGGGCGUCCUGGCCCUCGUCUGAGAGAAGGUUCACGUCCUGCCAAGCUGAGGAAUGGAGUCUGGUCCUGGAGCUGGCCUCCUCUGGGCCCAGUGUGGCCGGGUGGGGGCCGGGUGACUGUCCAAUCGCAGGCCCGUCUACCAGGGAGACUUGUGUCCGCACAGCUGUGCCCUGACAGCUCAACAUUCCUGCCCACAGCCCAAGUUGGUGCCUCCAGCGGGUUCGAAUCCCUCCCCAAGCACCUAUAGCAGCUGUGCUCUCCACUCCCUUGCCUCCUGCUCCCCACUCCCUACAUAUUUAGGUGGGAAAGAGUGAGUAGGCAAGAGAAGGAGCAUUGCAGAUCUCAUUACAUCCUUUUCCCCCAAACCUGCCAUUCUCCUGAACUGUCCUCGAAAGCCAUCACUGGUGCCCAGUGGCCAGAUACCAUGGUUUUUCUCAGCCCUCAUCCUUCCAGGAUCCCCACUACCCUUUGACACGUCUAACCCCUUCCCUCCUCUCUGGGUCACUUCAGAUGAUUUGUCGCCUGUACAAAAAUGUCCCUACAUGUGUUGAGGCAGCCAACUUGGUGUAGCAGGGGAAGGGAGCCCCGGGCCCGAGUCCUGCUGAUACCUCCUGGUAUCUCAGGACACUCCUUAAGAGGGGCCGUCACUCCCGGAGAAGGCAAGAUCUGCAUUGGUCAUACUAAUUUUCUAACCUAUUUUAGCCAUUGAAACUAUUAACUAUUGAAACCAAAAGGUAUCAAUGGACUUUAAACUCUCAUUUAGAAAAGCCCUUUUAUUUAUCAAAGUAUAAAGAUUCAUUGCCUUCCAAGGAGUUUGCAAGAACAGCAUUGAGGGAGGAUGGUGCUCACUGAAUUUCCACAAAGACCUACCUAUACCUGGUUGGUGCAUAGGAUUGAGAAAUGGGUAUCAUUCAGCCAGUGGAGUGAGGCUUCCCUCUGGGUCUUCGGGUCUGGUCUCUGUGGGUUGUGGCGGCCGUGGAAGCCAAGGACUUCCAAGACUAUUAUUGAACCAUUCUUCCUCAGCAGGGUUAGACCAAGGUUGUCAGAAACCACUGAUGUGUGUCAUUCAUGUCACUCUCACCCAAACUGCUGUGACUAAUCGUUUGAGCUCAGGAUAUUUUAGCGAGAACAAGAAUGUUUUUGUACUGUGAAUAAAUCAAAA